AUGGGGAUCGAAUAUUGGGCACGAUCACAUUUUCCAGGACAUCAAUACAACAUGAUGACAUCAAACAAUGCAGAGUCGCUUAAUGCUUUAUUCAAAAAAGAUCGAGAGUUACCAAUUAUCGCAAUGAUUGAUAACAUUCGUGACAAGCUACAACAGUUGUUUCAUGAUCGAUGUGAGGAAUCACAGAGUUGUACAAGUUUGCUAAACUCAGCUCAGGAAGAUAAACUCUUCAAAACUCUAGAUGUGACAAAAAAGGUAUAUGUAGAACCACUGGAUCAAUUUCAUUUCUCCGUGAGAUGUGUACGUAAUUUUGGAUACAUCGUGGACUUGAAUGAUAACAUGUGCACGUGUAGACGGUUUCAGUUGGAGAGUUCUCCAUAUACACAUGCAGUGGCAGUGGCUAUACAUAGAGGAUUUCCACCACACACUUUAUGCAGUGCUUAUUACAUGAUUGAUUAUUGGAGAGUAGCGUAUAUCGAAACAAUAUUUUCUGUACCAAACGAAGUCGAGUGGGAAGUUCUCGACCACAUUCUCUCACUGAAUAACUUGUUGCCACCAGCAGUCGGACCACGUACUCCUGGAUAUACACGUAUGUCUAGAAUACCAUCUAUCGGAGAUUUUCUCCAGCCUCGUAAGUGCGGUGUAAUAGGGCAUACUAGAAGAUUUUGUUCAAGUCAGAUUCCUCUGCAUGACGGUGUAACAGAUGUUUAA